CAACCAGGAACACACAGGUGUACAGGUGGUCUGGCGGGAUCUAUUCACGAACCAAGCACAAAUCCGAGUUCGAUCCCUGCCCCGGCAACAGGCAGCUCGGAACAGUUCUCUACCCAGGCAGGUUUGGUUCUUCCCCCACCAACACUUCCCAGGGGGCCAGCAAUAGCAUCGAAACCCAAAACCCGAAACACCACCAACCACCAAGCGUUCGGGCGUUCGAGAAAGGAGAGUGAAAUCCGGGAGUGACAGAGAGCGGACAUCGACAACGCAUUCGGUACGAUCGCGAGAAAGGGCACAAAAUCGAACGCAGAUCUCGCGGGUGCAGCGCUAAAGUGAUUGCGGAUGAUGUUGCUGACAGUGCGAAAAUAAAACUACACUAAACCCCUUCCUCCCGGACCACUGGUGCUCCUCCUCGUGUACAUCGGGCAAGGCGCGUUUGGCAGUUUGCACAGCUGAUCCGGGAGCGACAAUACGGAUCGCGGCAGUUCCCGUGGAAGGAGAGAAUGAUUCUACGAAGUGAUUGCCGGAUACCAGCGUAGAAGUUCCGGUUCCGGCUGUACGGAAGUCUUGAGACCGUCAGCACACAAACACAGCGCAACACACACCACUCCACGAUGGACAAUCGGCUCAACAUUGGUUCGGAGGUGCGUGAGCUAAAGCUCGGUUCGACCUUCACCAACGCGGCACCGUCGAACCAGUUCCACACGAUAAAAUACGAUUUCAAACCCGCCAGUGUCGAUGUGAACAAACCGGCGGUGCUGGAAAUUAGUGCCAACAAGCAGGUCACCGUUACCGUGCCGCACCUGGAUGGUUCCGGUGUGCCGAAUACCGUCUUCAAGGGUAAUCAGCGUGAUUAUUCGCGGAAAGACUGCGUGCUCAUACUGAAUCGGGCGACGGGCGAGAUUACGCUCGAGCAGCUCAACAGCAGUAUCGUAGUGAAGAAGACGAGAAUCGAAAACAAGGCACCCAAUCCUCCGCCAACACUGCCAACGAUAAAGGUCGAAAACAACACCGCACGCCAGAGCUCCAAAACGAAGAUUACGACCGGCGUGCGGAAGAAUGCGCCGAUCAGCUUCAUGCCAAAGCACUCGCCACUGCAGGGUUCGCCGUCCUAUCCGCACCGGAGUCCCCAGUCGGCACCGGCCUGGAACGCCAACAAUACUCAACAAACCUUGCCAAGUAUUCCGAUGAUUGGGCUGGACGAUGGGAUGGAUUUUGGGACUGUAAUGCCGCCGUCCUCCGCCACCACUUCCAACUCCUCGUCGGGUGCUAACAUGAACAAUCAUCUGAACAACAACAUCAGCAGCAGCAGCGGAAGUGGCAGUAACUCCAAUUCCAACCACACCAACAACCACCACCACCAUCAGCAGCAUAGUAACAGUAGUAACAUUAGCAGUAGUAAUAGUAGUAGCAGUAGCAAUGUGGCUGGCUCGACCAACAGUGGUAGCGGCGCGGGCAACAAUCAUAGCAACAGCAAUAGCUACCUUAACCAUGGUUCGGCACAGAACAGCAACAACAAUCAUCAUGGCAGUGGCAGUAGCGGCAGCAAUCAUCACCAUCACAGCAAUCACCUCAGCGUGCCGUCGUCGUACGGUGGUGGAGGUGCCGGUGGCCGGAAUCAUCUGCACAGCGAACCUUCGAUGCCGCCGAGCGUAGAAGUUAGUUUGCCGUCCGAUCGAGACCUACUGCCACCGCCUGUGGCCGUGACGGGUAUUGGUGUUGGAGCGAGCAGCGAUCCGGAAAUGAUGACAUCCUCUGAAUCGGACGGUUCCGAUGAUUCCGAUUCUAGCAGCAGCGAUCAGGAAUCGGAUAGUUCAACCGAAGAUAACAAUGAUUCGCCAGUGAAAGAAUCCAUUUUUGAUCCACGACCGGAUCCAACGAUCGCGGUUACCGCCGCCGCGGUAGAUCUGAGCAAAGACCUCUGCCUUUCAUCCAACUCCGACUCGGACGAUUAAUCUGGACACCGCCCGCCAACGGACCGUUCUGCAGAGGAAAUACGAUCGUGUAAGGAAGUACGGAAUAGGAGAAAGAGAUAAAAAACAAAGAGUCACACAAGCAGCAGAAGAGUGGAAACCGAAACAAUAAGAGAGACAGAUGGGGGAGAUUAAGAGUGUAAUGGAAAAGAAAGAAAGUUAUAGGAGCUAAAAGUUGUGUAAUUUUUUGUUUUGGUUUGUUUUAAGUUUUUCUACUUUGUUUUGUUAGUGUGUGUGUUGCCAGGAGGGGAAUCAAGCCCUUCGAUAGGAAAAUUAUUUAUAUUUAUAAUAUGUGCUCAAGCAGUAGGCGCACGUGGGUGCUGGGU